CGAUACCAUUUUAAUGACAGCUAUAUGAGAUGGUCUAGUUUUCUUUCUUACCGCAGGUGCCCGUUGCAGCUAAUUUCGUCAGAUUCAACUAGAUUACGAUUCUUCCAACGAGUGGCUAGAAUGUAAGUUCUGGCUGGCCGCCAAGAUUCGAAGUCGAUCUGUCAAACAAUCAGCUGUGCAUAAUAUUCUGAAGUGUUGUUUAAUUUGACCGUUGCAUAAUACAAAGCGCACAGAAUACGGCAAGAUCCUAACUUGUCAAGUUCAAUCCAGACAUUGCACGGAGUCCAUCAUGGUUGUCCACAAGUUUUCGCAAAAUUCUGAACAUGAACAUUUUACGUCUGCUUUGUCGUCUGCAGAUGAAAGGACGAUACAAAAGCCAUUGCUGAUUCCUGAAGAUAUUGAAAAAUUAAUUAUUGCGACUGGAAGCAUUAUACCCAAUAAUUCUUCAGUAUUACAUUUGGAUGAAGACAAUCUCCACUUGCGAUCCAAAGCACUUACUUUGAUUAGAUGUUUACAUUUGUUUUUCGGAACCCUGCCAGACACCUUUGCAGUUGCUGCUAAUGUUCUUGACAAGUUUUUGAUUGUUGUCAAGAUUAAAGAAAAAUAUUUGAGCUGCAUUGCUUCCGCCUGCUAUUUUAUUGCAAGUAAAAUACACCAAGAAGAUGAGGAACUUCCUACAACAGCAGAUCUUGCUCAUCUCCAUGGCAACAAAUGGCGUUCCUCUGACCUCUGCAGAAUGGAAAGAGUCAUUCUUCAGAAAAUUAAAUGGGAUGUUUCCAAGACAACCUGUCUCUGUUUCAUCAGGCUCUUCCAUGAACUGUUUGUCAAAUGUCUUCCCAUGUUUGAGUCCAGCUGUUGUCUUGAGACUAUGCUCGUCUUAGCUGAAAAUUCUAUCAGGGUGGAAUCAAGUACAGUCUUCAAGCCAUCAACAGUUGCAUGGUGUAUUGUUCACUCCCAUUUAAAGGAAAAGCAAUUGCUCCUGCCACAGUGUAGAACAUUUCUUUUAUACGUCCAGCGGAUUUGUCAGAUUUAUGAUUCAGAGAUUUUCGAAUGCAACCAACUUCUGCUCAAAUACCUUAGUGAACGAAGACAAGAAAAACUGAAUACUCAACGUUUGUCUCACGUGUUUCCCUUUGUAAAGAGACGCUGCAGACCUAGUUCAGAAGGAGAAUCAGAACUUCCUGUUAUUAUCGAGGAUUGCCAAGCAGUCUAGUCUCAUUUAGUCGAGAACAUCAAGAACUGUUUGGAUAAGUCUGUUGAACUGCCAUCUCUGUGGUUUAUAAGUGCAUGUUUUACUAGGAUUAAUCAAAUUCCUUCCAAAAACAAACAAAAUAGCUGUGAUAAUCAUGUAUUCGAUAUUUGUUUUAUGUUGAUCUCGUUAUUUUUAGUGUUUGUCACCAACGAAGAACCUGUUUUAGACAUGACCUUGAAUUCAGGUCAUACUUCUAUGUUCUAUUCAUAUUUAUUCUUAGUUGAUGUCAGCGUUUUACAAAGAACCUGUUUUAGAUGUGACCUUGAAUUCAGGUCAUACUUAUACUGUGUUCUAUUCAUAUUUAUUCUUAGUUGAUGUCAGCGUUUUAAUUCCAGUGAAAUAUUUGCAUGUACCUAUUUUUAUUUUUCAUAAAAUAUCAACCAAAAUAAUAUUGAAAUUAUUUUGUUUUUUAAUUCUAGCCCUUUUUACCUAGUUUGACUUUUAGUAAUAUUUGAGACAUGCUUUUAUAUGUUGGAUAAAUUCUGUUCAGUUCAGCAGAAAUUAAAAAUUUUGAAUAGUCUUGACGGAUAAGUACCAGCAAAAACCUGACCAGUUCGCCAUAAUUACUUCUGGUCUGUCAAAAUAUUGCUAUAAUAACAACUUAAAUAUCAUUCAUUAAAGCGAAACAUGUUGAAACCUUUUUCUUGUAGCUUUUGUUCUCUUCAUAUUGAUACGAAUAUAAAAUGGGUGAAAUGAUUAAUAAAGUAUAAUGGAAAAUAACCAAAACUAAAAUUAAAUGCUUUAUUUGAUUAGUGAGAAGAAGGAGGUAAUAAAAUGAUCAAUUCCUUUUUGUAUUUAAUAUUUACAGUUUGGUGAAGGUAAAAAUGGUAAUCAAAACAUUUAAAAUAAUUCUAUUUAUAAUUGAAAAUAAGCCCACAUAAAGUAAAGAUCUACUGUUAGGUUAACUUGACAUAAUUUUUUUUUUUUUUUUUUACAUAUUUUCAAGUUGUUAUUGGUGAGUAAAAUAUGAAAAUAGGUGCAUAAUUAUAUUUAUAAGUGACAUUCACUAUUGUUUUAGGAGAUAUUUCUGUGCAAUAUGUUACAUAUAUAUACAUUUAUUUUUAUUGUAUAACAACUUGAUGUUAAACAUCAUGUUCAUGGAUUAACCACAUUAUUAUGUGUAUACUCAGUACAUUUCACUUAAUUAUAAUAUUGUUGUUAAUCUGCAAAGUAUUUAAUUUGUGUAUUUUUUUAUAACCCUAAUUUAAUUAAUAUUACAUGGACAUAGUAUUAAAACAGGUAGUUGUUAGUUUACUAGUUGAAUCUGUUACAAUGUAUGUAUCGUGUCUCAAAAGGCUUUUAACCUUUUUAAAAUACACCAUGUUUUAUAUAUUAUUAAUAAAAUAACAUGAUAAUAUAUC